AUGGAGCUGUGGCGCCUCUGGCUGCUCUGCUGCUGCUGCUGCUGCUGCUGCUUGGGCUCCUGCGCCGCCCUGACCCCGCCGCUCGGCCGCCACCCGGCCGCCGCCUUCCGGGAAAGUCUUAAUAGACAGCGAUACUUGAAUUCUCUAUUUCCCCAUGAAAACUCCACUGCCGUCUAUGGAAUAAACCAGUUUUCAUAUUUGUUUCCUGAAGAGUUUAAAGCUAUUUAUUUAAGAAGCAGCCCUUCCAGGUUUCCCCGAUUUCCAGCAGAAGAGUACACGUCCAUCUCCAACCUGUCUUUGCCGUUAAAAUUUGACUGGAGGGAUAAGCAUGUCGUCACCCAAGUGAGAAACCAGAAGACGUGUGGCGGAUGCUGGGCUUUCAGCGUGGUAGGUGCAGUGGAGUCUGUGUGUGCGAUAAAAGGGCAGCCCUUGGAGGUGCUGAGUGUUCAGCAGGUGAUAGACUGUUCUUACAGCAACUACGGCUGCAACGGAGGAUCCCCGCUCAACGCUUUGUACUGGCUCAAUAAGCUGCAAGUCAAGCUGGUGAGAGAUUCAGAAUACCCAUUUCAGGCCCAGAAUGGCCUCUGCCGUUACUUUUCCGACUCACAUUCUGGAUCUUCAAUCAAAGGUUAUUCUGCAUAUGACUUCAGUGGCCAAGAAGACAAAAUGGCAAAAGCACUUCUUGCCUUAGGACCUCUGAUAGUGGUGGUGGAUGCCAUGAGCUGGCAAGAUUACCUGGGAGGCAUCAUACAGCAUCACUGCUCCAGUGGAGAAUCAAAUCACGCUGUCCUUGUAACGGGCUUUGAUAAAACAGGAAGUAUCCCAUACUGGAUUGUACGGAACUCCUGGGGAACUUCAUGGGGCAUCGAUGGCUAUGUCCGUGUGAAAAUGGGAGGAAAUAUUUGCGGUAUUGCAGAUUCUGUUUCGGCUGUAUUCGUGUAACAUGUUUGACAGAUUGAGAGUCGAAUACAAAACUGAAGGUUCAUAAUGA